AUGGGAGGGCAUGUGAGGACGACGGCAGGCAUGCAGGCAGGCAUGGGGGCAGGCAUGGGGGCAGGCAUGGGGCCAGGCAUGGGGGCAGGCAUGGGGGCAGGCAUGGGGGCAGGCAUGGGUGCAGGCAUGGGGGCAGGCAUGGGUGCAGGCAUGGAGGCAGGCAUGGGGGCAGGCAUGCGGGCAGGCAUGAGGGCAGGCAUGGGGGCAGGCAUGGGGGCAGGCAUGAGGGCAGGCAUGGGGGCAGGCAUGGGGGCAGGCAUGGGGGCAGGCAUGAGGGCAGGCAUGAGGGCAGGCAUGGGGGCAGGCAUGGGGGCAGGCAUGAGGGCAGGCAUGGGGGCAGGCAUGGGGGCAGGCAUGAGGGCAAGCAUGAGGGCAGGCAUGGGGGCAGGCAUGGGGGCAGGCAUGGGGGCAGGCAUGGGGGCAGGCAUGAGGGCAGGCAUGGGGGCAGGCAUGGGGGCAGGCAUGGGGGCAGGCAUGAGGGCAGGCAUGGGGGCAGGCAUGGGUGCAGGCAUGGGUGCAGGCAUGGGGGCAGGCAUUAGGGCAGGCAUGGGGGCAAACAUACUUGAAUUUGCUACAGCUGUUCCUGUGGGUGGCGGUGUCGCCGGCUGUAGCAGAGGAGUUACUGUUCAGAGGGCUGCUGCUCACGGCCCUGCAAGAGUGGAUCGGCAGGAUCGACGCUGCCAUGCUGUCUGCAGCCCUCUUCGGCCCCUCUCCCUCUCGCUGCUCUUCCCGAACAUGGCCCUUGGGCAGCCUGCUCGCUGUCUACUCCACUUCGCAACAUGGUCUGCCGCUGGUGCGUCUUCCAGAGCAGCAAGCGCAGAAGCUUCCAAGGCGGAGACUGCUAUCUCUGGGUUGAGAUCACCCUCCAGGAUCAACCCUCAAGUAGCGGUGCAAGCGGAGCUUAAAACGCGUACAGUGAAGGCCGAGGAAAGGGGGGACGUGGGAGGAGGCCAGAGCAGCACCAGGAAAGUGGAAGGGGGAGAAAAGGGAGGACGGGAUGAGAGGGUGGAGAAGGUCGCAGCGGGAAAUGCAGCGGGGGAGAGUGAGGAAGGCGGGAGGAAGAGCUACGGGACGGGAGGCUGCGAGGAGGAGGAGGAGGCAGUGGCAGUGAUUGCUGGAGUACUGAGGGAGAAAUUCGGGCCUCGGAUUGUGAGAGAGGAGGUGGAGGAGUGGGAGACUGACAUAAGAAGCAGUGGGGACAAAUUGAUCAUGGGGACAGUGAAAGAGGCGGAAGAGGAAGAGGGGGGAAACGAGGAGGAGGAGGAGGAGGAGGGGAUGGUUGCUGCCAUGCUCUCUGCAGCCCUCUUCGCCCUCUUCCACCUCUCCCUCCUCUUCAGCGAGCAGGAGGGCUCAUCUGGAGCAGGAGUGCAGGAGCGACAUGGGGAGGAGCGAGGAAAGGAGGAGAGAGAAGGGAAGGAGAGAGAAGAGGAGGCUUUGAGGAGAGGGGAGAAGAUUCGUGCAGCAGUCACACUGCUUCAUGACCGAUCAGUCUGGGGCCUUCCCAGUAUACCCCUGGUUGUGGGGAGUAGGCUGUGUGCCAGUGAGAUAGGGGAAGAGGCGAAAGAGGCAGUGCUGGUAGGGUCAGAGCUGGUUUUUGAGAAUUCUCAAAAGUCAGCAGGGGCAACUGAGUCAGUUAGGGCAGCAGUGGUUGAAGAGAGAGGGGAAGCAGCAGCGGAGCAGGGACAAGGGCAUGUUGAAUCAAUCAUCCCUGAUGCGACACCUGUCGGCGUCUCAUUGGUUGUUGGAGAAUACCCUGAGAUCCUGGACGAGCUUUCCAGGAACGUUCUGCGCCAGAGACGGAGGAGCAGGAGGAGGUCGACGUCAGGACCUGAGAGGCUUGAAAGCGAGGGUGAUUUACCCUCACAAUCCUGGCCAGAAGGAGUGCCAGCUGUGAGAUGGGUGCAGGAGGCUCAUCUGGGGGCGGUGACAUCUAUGCUAGAGGCGGGGGACGUGCAGGGAGCAGCUGGUGGCCUGAGGUAUCUGAACGUGGAGUAUGGGGCUGUGGAGGAGGAACGAUACAGGUCUGCCCUGCACCAGUUGGUCCUCGCUCUGCGCCCCGAGGUGGCCCAACAAGCGCCGUCCUCCAGCACUCCUGUUUGGACGGCAGUGAGGAAGGAGGAGACAAGAAUUGCCGUUCAGGAGCUGCUAGCUUCGGGUUCGGCCUGGCUCAUCAGGCUGUUCCAGGCUGUAUGGGACGACCACAUUCACAGCGAGUCUCAGCAAUCCGCUCGUCACUACCCCAUCGCCCCUCCCUUGGAGGCCUUACACGCCCUGCUGCUGGCACACGGGCAAGAUGACAGCAACCCUGAAGCAGAAUCGAAUCAAGCAGAGGACAGCCCAGAAGCGACUGAGGGAGAACCUGAAAAAGAAGCGAUACACUUGGAAUCGAAUGAAGCGUCUGAAGUGGAGGGCGAAGGGGAGGGAGAGACUAGGGACGAAGGAGGGCAGGCGAUGGGGGAGAGGGGAGAUGGUGGGGAGUGUGAGGGGAGAGUGGAUGUGAGAGGAGAGGGUGUGAGGAGGGAGAGUGUGGAGGAGAGGUGUGUGUGGGAGCUGGUGGAGCAUGCGAGGGUGGAGAAGCGGGUGGUGGUGGGGAGUGUGUUGGAGGGAGCUCUGGCUGCUGUGCAUGCAGGCCAGUUCGCCAAAGCCAACCAUAUCCUCCACUUGUGCCCCCCUCUCCGUCCCCUCACCACACUCAUUGCCUGGGACCUCAUAGGCCCCUCGCACCCCGCCACCCGCCUGCGCCUGCUCUGGGCUCUCUGGCCCAUCCAGUCCUCCCGUGCCCUGCUGCCACAUGAAGGUGCCAACACGUCCCUGCUGCCUCACGUGUCUUGCCAAGAUCUGCUGCCAAACAAGCCUCUCGCUGCCAACCUAUGGUCGUCGCAGCUCCUGCAGCAUGCUGGGGUGUCUUGUGCUCACCUCAUCUACCACGCACAUCUGGCCUUCCUCGUAGCCGCUCGCCAUGCUACCUUACAGCAGCAGCAGCAGCAGCAGCAGCACCCGAGGUCUUACCACCACCAUCCUCAGCUCGAUCAUCAGCAGCAGCAGCAACACCUGCAAAACCAGGAUCAGCAGCUGCACGCCUCCUCCGAUGUACCACGUGUGUGGAGCCCUAAGGAGGAGGCCGCACAUUCGUUGAGUUGCAAGGAGGCGACACGUGUGUUGAGUCCUAAGGGAGUGGCGCACAUAGUACGAGCAGCUGACCCGUUCGUUGCACGGCUGGCAUUGGAGCUGCUACAGGUGCAGCCGCCCCUGCACGUGCUGCUCUCUCUGGGACACGGUUUCCAGCCAGGGUGGAUCAUUCAGCUGCUGCAGGCCCAGCCGGGAGCUGGGGGCAACGUGCUCGGUGGGACAUCUGGCAGGGACUGGGACGUGGAGCUCCUUCACAUGCUGUUUGGCGCCCAGGCUGCAGAGAUGGUCGUGCGUGCCAUGGCAGGGAGCAGCAGGGGAGGAGACAGAAGAGAAGGAGAGGGGAGGGGAGGGGUGCAGUGUGGGUCAGCAGAGGCUAUGAGGGCGGUUGAGUCGUUUGAGCAUCAUGCAGCCCGUGUUACCACUGCUGCUCGCAAGAUCUGGAUGGGCUACACCGUGCGCUCGCUGCUCCUCGCUGCCUCGAAACCACCCUCCACGAAUGACAGUCCAGGAUUGCCAUUCGUGGACGACGAGGAUUGCCUGGCUGGUGUCACAAUGGCCCGCCUUCAACUGCUGGCCAAGCACGAUGCUGCUAUUGGUGAUGUUGAUGCAGACGCUGCUGCUGUCAGUGACAGUGGUGUUGAUGGGUCGAAGAAAGGUGGUGCGACUGCAUCUGUAGCACCAUCAGCACCCCCGGCUGUAGCAUCAGCUUGCCCGGCUGUAGCGCCAUCAUCCCCCCCGGCUGUAGCAGUGAUGGAGGCCUUGCUGGCGGCUGUAGCCAGGCAUCUGCCGCCCCAGGGCACAGAGACGCACGGCAUGGCCCGUCCUUUUCUGAUGGAUGCGUCUCCCUUGAGCGGCGUGGACAGGCGGGCGGCACGGGCACUGUUGAGGCGGAGGGAUGUGGGGGAGGUGGGAUCUCGUGGGAGUGAUGUUGGUGGUGGUGCUGCUGAUGCUCCUGCUGCAGCCACUGCUGUUGCUGCUGAUAAUAGUGAUGGCUCUGCCACUGUUGCUGCUGCUACUGCUGCUGCUGCAUCUGCUGGCCUGAAAAGAACAGAGUCAGAGGAGGAGCAGCUGGGACAAAAGGGACAGGGGAGGCCUGAAGGGGGCAGCACAGCAGAAACGAUAAGUUUGCCUUACAGAAGGAAAAGGAGGCUGCUUAGUGGGGAUGGGGCAGGGGCGGAGGAGCAGGAGGAGGAGGAGGAGGGUACGAGGAUGGAAGAGGAGAGAUUGCAACAGAUAGGAGGGAAGGGUGAGGGGGGAAUGACAGGAGGAAAGGGAGAUGGAGGGUUGUCUGGGGAGGGUUUAGCUGAACGUGGUUCGGAUUCAGAUGCUUCGGAUUCAGACACUACAUUCGAUGGUCUAGAUGCUGGUUUUGCUGCUGAGCUGGAUGCUGAGCUGGACGCACAGGCGUCUGACGUGGCAGCGGCGGCAGUGGAAGUGCUGGCUUCUGAUUGGAAGCAGAGGGCGCAGGUGGUGCGUGAUUGGCUGGACGACUGGCAGUGGCGACUGGCUGUGCUGAAAGCUGAUUGGCUGGGCGUUCGUGUCAGACGGGGGGAAGGGGAGGAGGGGGAGUUGAAAGAGGAGGCGGUGUUGGAAGAGGUGGAAGGGGAGGAGGAGGUGGAGAGGGCAGAAGGCGAAGCGAGUGAUUAUGAGCAGGAGGGUGGAACGGAAGGACGUGAGAGGAAGGGAGGAGAGGUGAAAGGGCAGGCAGGGAAGGGGAAGGAGCGGCGCCUGCGGAGUGAUUGGUCGGCAUGGGGGUGGCACGAGGUGGUGGCAUGGAUGCGAGUGGAGCCCUCUGCUCUCAUCUCCUGCUGCCUAUCAGUGGCCGACUUCUCUCUCUGCGACGCGCUCACUCGUCGCUUCCCACUGGCCGUGCACUCAGAGGCACGAGUGCAGCUUUCCGCAUGGCUCGCCCGCCAUGAUCAAUCCAGAGUCGUCCGGUGGGACAGUGGAGGAGGGCGAUUGCACGCCAGCAGCAGCAGCGAUGGCGGUGGUGGUGGUGAUAUUGCUGCUGGCAGUGGUGGGAGUGGGGGGGGAGGUGGGAGCAGGGGUGGGUUGGAGAGGGUGGGGAGUGUGGAGGCGAGGGAGAGGCGAGUGAGGGAGAACGAGCAGGUGGACACGCUAUUCUCGCUCUUCUUUGCUCCAUCACAAGCCAUGUGGGAGAUGUUUCCGGCCCUUGACAUGGUAUGUGUGGAGAAUACGCUCCCCGCCUUUGAGGUGGUAUCACUGGUGGCCAUCCUGCUGGAUGCAGCAGCAACACAGGCUCGCACCGCCCCUGACGCCCUUGUUCUGCUCGACCAGGCUCGCACUGUUUUGACAGCCUGGCAGGCGGACCAGCAAGGACUGAAGGAUGAAGACAAGGGCCGGGGGGGAAAGAAUUGGCCGGGGAAGCAACACCAGCAGCAGCAGCAGCAAGAGCGAGAGGAAGACAGUAGCAACAACUUAAACUCAGUGCAGUGGGCGACAGCAGAGCGGCUGCUGCAGCGGCUGGAGGCCAUUCAGAAUCAGGACCCCACCACGCCUCUCCCGAGCCUGCUGGCCGCCGUGCAGCCGCACCUGUCUCCAUCCCCGGGCCUGUCAGGCUCGGCAGGGGUGCGUCGGGGCCCCAAGGCUCGGGCGGUGAUGGCGCUGCAGCAGGUGGUGGCAGAUUGUGAGGCAGGCACGGCACAGUUUGUCAGUGGCAAGCUGCACAAUCUCAUCCGAGCCUUGGAAGACCCCGAACCAGCAGCAGACCCCCUCUCCCAGGUCAUCCCCGCACCUGCCACGGCUGCUGGCCAGUCAGGGUCCGCCACGUGUCCCCCUCCUGGCAGCGGGCUUGGCUUUGGCAUUGGGCUGGACGUGAUCUUGCCAGAUCAGCUUGCUACAGGUCCUUCCUUGUCCUCCUCCUCCUCCUUUUCUCUCUGGCGAAUGUUGCAUGGGGGAGGAGGAGGAGCAGCAGGAGGAGGGGGGCCAGCAAGUGUGCCUGCAGUAUCAACCCGAACCGAUUCCCAAGGCUCGGUGGCUGCUGCAGCUGCGGUGGCGGGCUUAGCUUCGGCAACAGGUUCGGGAGGAGUGGGAUUGACAACAGGGUCUCCUGUGCACACACCCCCUCUCUCCCCCCGCUGGACCCGCUCCUCCUCUAGCCUUGGCCUCUCCGCUGCUGCCGCUGCUGCUGCUGCUGGUUCAUCGGUGGCAGCAGCAAGGGAAGGUGCCGGUGCUGCUGGUGCACUGGACGCAGCAGCAGUGGCAGCAGCAGUUGAAGAUCUCUCUGAAGGAGGUUCAACCAGAUCUACCUCCCUCCCUCUUCCCUCCACUGCCGCUACCACUACCACUGCAUCCUCUGCUGCUGCUCCGUCGCCCCUUUUAGGACUAUCACGCUCUUCUACUGGCGCUGUCAGCAUGCCCCCUCCCUCCACAACCACCACCAUCACAAGCGCCCCACCUGCUGCUGCAUCUGCACGCAUAUCUGCUCCUCCAGUUCCAGGUGCCUCGUCAGGUGCUUCUUCAGGUGCUUCCUCAGGUGGGGGUGGGGCUGCCAGGGCGACUGCGCCGCUCCCUCCUGUGCCGCGAUCGUCCAUGCCCAGUCUCUGGCCCUUCUCUUUCAACUCAGCCAACGCGAAGCAGCCUACUGCAGCAGACGGGCAGGGAGUGGUGGGGCUUCAGUCCCUUCUUGGUUCAGGUACUGGUGGAGAGACAGCAGGAGCAUCAAAAGUAUCAGGAGCAGCAGCAACAGGAGGAGGAGGAGGGACAGGAGGGGGAGGAGAAAGAGGUGGAGAAAAGGGAGGAGGGGCGGCAGGAGCAUUAUCAUCAUCAGCAACAGCAGCGGCAGCAGCAGGGUUGCGAGGGCCAGGGAAGCAGCCUUGGGAUCAUCCCAAGGGUUACCUGCCAGUCUUCUUAAACUACGUGGUUCAGAUUGGGGAUAUUGUCGAUGAUAGUGACCCCAGCCACCCCUUUAACUACUUCUCUUUACUAAACGUCGACCCAGUGGAGCUUUUAAGAGAGCUUGUGUUUGUGAGAGGGGAUAUUGCUGCUGCGUUGCAUGUGGCUGGGAUCAUGGGUAGGGAGUCCUUACCUGCCGACAUUAUCCCCGCAGCUCUCCCGAGCCUGUUGCCGCCGGUGCCGAGCCUGAAGCUCUGUUCCAUGGCUCGGCGCUUCCGAAGCAGAGUUCUGGACAGGUCCGGAGGAGGCUCGGGACAGGGUAGGGGCAAGGUAGGAGAGGGAGGGCCGGAAAGUGCGGAGAAUCUUCUGAUGCCUUCGCCGUAUGAGCCGCCGCGAUUUGCACUGAGUAUGGACGUGGUUCAGCUGCUUGCGAGAGAAUCCAUGGUGCAUGCUGUGUUGGCUUGUGUGCUGGGAGCAGAACAGCAGAUCGUGCAAAUGCACAGACGCAAGGAGAGAGAGCGUGAUCUGAAAACAGUCGGUGCAUUUUCCGGUGGUGGUGGUGCUGCUGCUACCGGUGGUGGUGCUGGUGGUGUUGGUGGUGUGGGUAGGGCUGGUGGUGUGUUGGGCGGUGAUAGGAGCAGGGGCAAAGGAGGGGGAGUGGGAGGUGUGGCGAGUGCAGUGGAGGCGGAGGAGGAAGCUGCAAAGAAGCUGAUGGAAUAUGCACGCGUGCACUCUGCUGGCACCCCAAUCAUCCACCGGUGGGUCACUCUGCAAUCUGCCAUCCACUCUAUCGCCAUUGCUGCUGCUAAAGCACCCUCCCGCGCUCCCAAGCAGCAAGCACCAGCAGCAGCAGGAGCUGCAGCAGGCGUGGGGUCAUCAGUGGGGGGAGGAAGCAGAGGCGGGCCAUUGGGUGCUGGAGCUGCAGGGAUAGUGGGGGUUGCACGGUUGAAGGGAUUCGAGGAGGGAGGAAUGCAGAGAACAGCAGUGUCAACAGGGAAACAGGAGGUACUAAGGGAGCAGCCCUUGGGUUCAGGCGGCUCUAGCCUUGGAGGGACCUUGGCUGUGCAUUCGCCUGGUAACAGUAGCAGGAGGGGCGGGAGGGCGUUUACAGGGUCAGCUCUGCUGCUUGCAGGGCAAGAAGGGACACCAAGGAGAGUGAGAGGUGCGAGAUUGCCUGGAGCAGGAGGGGUAGCUGAGAGUUCCAGCGGGCUGGUGGUGGGUAUAGAACAGGUGGGUGAAGGAGGAGGAAGAGGGGAAAAACGGCGUUUUGCUGCUGAAAUCGAUGCGGUUGAGGCGGGAGACGGGGAGGGGGGUUCAUUGUCUGUGGGAGAAACAGGACGUGUGGAUGCUGGUGUUUCUGUGGACCACGUCUCAGAUACACUGGGUGACACAGACGAAGGGAGAGCGAGAGGAGGAGUGGGGGACGAGCAGGGAACUGGUGAAGGGGCAGCAGAGGCGGCAGGGGCAGCGGCAGCAGCAGGGGCGGUAGAGGCAGCAGGGGCGGCAGGAGUGGCAGGGGUAACAGCAGGGGCAGCAGCAACAGCAGGGGAGGCGAUGGCAGGUGGUCGGCUGGAGGCUCUGUUGACUGAGUGGGAGGAUUUGCGGCCUGUGAGGAUUCACCUGGAGAGCCUGAUUGCUGAUUCGCGAUUGGCCGAGGCCCUUGAGCUGGCAGACACGUGGCUGCCUGAGGGGGCGCCAGAUCACCUGCUGUGUCUGCUCGUGGAGCAGGCUGAGGGCCCUGAUGGUGCUGCUGCUGCUCACACGCACUUGACAGGGGUAGCAGGAGUGGCAGGAGGAGACGUGAUGCGGUUUCAAAAGGCGCCUGUAACAGGAGUGUUACAGGCAAGCAGGCUGCAGCAGAGCCCCCGGAGUGGAGGCGUAGGGUUUGCAGGUCCUGGCGGUGCUGGUGUUGCGGGUGCUGCUGCUGCUCCUGCUGGUGGGGGAGGAAGUGAGGGUGGGAUUCGUGGUGGCAGUGCUGGCAAGGGCGUGAGGAAGCCUGUGACAGCUGGCGACAGCUGGCGGUUUGUGAUUCGUGUGGCUGACAAGGAGUUUGCAGCGGCGCUGGCUCUGAGGUAUCACCAUAGCUGGCAGCUGUCACACAUCCACACCGUAUUCAACACCUGCCUCUCACACCUUCCCACGCAUUCGCCCCUGCGGGCUCAGAUCCUCACCUGCAAGUCAUCAGUGGAUCAAUACACUCGCAUCCGCUCCAUCCUCAAUGACAGAACCCUUGCCACGUGGCAGCAGGUUCGCGCAAUCUGCUUCCGCGAUCCCGAGUCUGUGUGUCGCCAGCUAGCUGCCAAGGGAGCAGUCAAAGAGGCUGUUUCACUGGCAGAAUCACAUGCCACUGCUGCUGCUCCUGCUGCUGCACCAGCAGAAACACCAGGAGCAGGAGCUGGAGUGGAAACAGUAGCUGCUGCUAGUGCCGCUGCUGCUAGUGGGCCUGCAGUGGGAAUGAGGUAUCUGGAGAGACUGAUGUUGGAAGGGGCGAAGGGGCGUGAUAGCAAGCAAAAGGGUCAGAGAGACGGGCGGGCGGCUGAGGCAGAUCUGCCUCUUGCUGACGUGGCGGACGCCAAGCAAAUCCAGCUAGGGCUGCAGCUUCUGGGAACCUUCCCUGCGGAGUGGCAGCAGCGGCUGGGAGGGCAGCAUGUGGCUGUGCUGCUGAAGCCGGAGCUUAUAGUGGAGAGCCUUGUAAUGGAGAAACACACCUCUCUGCUGCCCCAGAUCUUUGCCAAGUUCCCCGCCCUACGCAGUGACGCUCUUCUCCUCUCCUAUGCACGCAAAGCCCUCAUCCCCUCCCCUCUCUCCCCCUCCUCCUCCUCUUCCUCCUCCGCCUUCGCCUCCUCUCCCUCCACCACGCACCCAUCUGCCACCUCCCCCCCUCCCCCCCCUCCUCCUCCCCUCCCCCACCAGCAAUCCCUCCGCUCCUCCUCCUCCAUCCCCCGUCCACCCUCCAUUCCCCCCGCACCCAUCACCAGCAGAUUUCUGCGCAUUCAGCAGGAAGCCUCCCGUGUCUUUCCCUGGGGGGGUGCUUCUGCUUCCUCCUCCUCCUCCUCUGCUGCAGCUGCUUCCAAUACUCCACCUUUUGCCAGCCCUGUGCCGUCACCCCGUGGUGGUUCAGGGUUUAGAGGGGCAGGAGGUGGGAGAGGAGGAGGGGGAGGAGGAGGAGCAGGAGUGGGAGUAGGAACGGGGAAAGGGAGUGGGGGGACAGUGGGGGUUGAUCGCCCGCCGACGCUUGCAGAGGCAGCAAAGUCGCGACUUUCAUCCUCCAUUUCUCUGGAUUCUCCUGCUCGUAGCGCUGCUUCUCACCCUGCCUCUGCUGCUGCUGCUGCUGGUCGCACUGGUGGUGGUGGUGCUGCUGCUGCUGCUGCUGCUGCUGCUGCUGCUGGUGCUACUGGUGCUGGUGGUGUUGCUGGUACUGCUGGUGCUGCUUCUGCUGCUGGUGCAACCCGUUUUGGCAUGCUAGGCAGGACAAUCAGCAGCGGCACUGCCAGCCUGCAAACCAGCCUGCGUCCAGGUUCACUGAACCACCCGCACGGCACAGGUCCCGCUACAGCCGCUACAGCUGCUAGAGGAGCUGCCGGCCAGGUGGUAAAUUCCGGGCGGCAUCUAAAAUCCGCUGUUACAAUAAGCUCCAUGUCUCUUCCUGAGCUGAUUGGCCGGCCCGUCGGUUACCUGCCAGGUGGCCGCACGGGAUUGGACGAGGUGUGCGAGGAGGGGGGUGGAGGAGGGGAGGGCGAGGAGGGAGAGGAGGAGGCAAUGGGGAGGCUAGGAGCGCGGGACAUGCAGCACGGAGCGAUCUUGAUAGGGGAAGAGGUGCAGGAUAAUGAGACAAGAGCAAACCAUGUGUUUCCAGACACACCAGAUGUUUCGCUGUUCCAGUCGCUUGCUUCGCUGUGUUCGAGAAGAUUCUCGGUGGUGAAAGGGCUGCUGGCGGUGGUGGUGGAACAGGCUGGCAUGGCUCUGGCCAAGGAGAGUGUGCCACGUGGCACCAGCUUGCUGUCGCUGACUCAGUCGGCUUUUUAUUCAAAAGCCUACCUCAAAGCGCUUACCAUUGUGAGAGACAUGCUCUUGGCAUUCCAGGUGCAUCUUGCCAAGCCUGGACCUGCCACCCGAAGCACAGGGUCGGCACGCGAACCUCCAGCCCAGGUUCGUUCGAGAGGCUCAGCGCAGGUUCGGGCGCGAGACCCGGCGCAGGUUCGGGCGCAGCUGAAGACGCUGAAGCAGCUGCUGGUUCGGGCAGAGGCUUGGAUCGCACGGGUGAAGCUUCUGAGAAGGUUCCUGGCGGACAAUGUGGGGGUGGGGAUUGACGAGCUUGGGGGGGGUGACCCUGACUUCCAGCCUGGUUCUCCUGGGUUAUUUGCCUCUCUGCACAUUCACUCAGUGAUGGGAGGAACAGAGGAGAGGGAGGCAGAGGCUCGGGAGGCGUCCCUAUCCGCGACCCUGGCGCUCAGGGACGGGUUGGUGAAGGAGGAGUGCUAUGAGCUGGCAGCUGCUCUGUGUGACACGUGUCACCAUGUGGACCCCUGUCCUGUAUACAAGGCAUGGGCGAUGUCACUCAUUCGAGUGAAGAACUACACCCAGGCCCGGCAUAUCCUAGAGCGACUCUUCCUCUUCCUCAACCCAGCCUCCUCUUCAGCUCCCACCACCGCUUCUGCUGCUUCUGCUACUUCUGCUCCUGCUGCUGCUGCAACAGCAGUUGCUGCAAGCACAUCGGGCAGGCGCGUUUCCUCCUCCUCCACCUCCUCCUCUUCCUCUGCUGCAGCUACUGCUGCUGCUGCUGCGAGUUCACAGGGAGUUGUGGUGGGAGGGGGAGGUGCAGCGUCAGCAGCAGGAGGGGGGAGAGAGGGGCCAAGGAGUCGUGGAGGUGUGGGGGCAAGCACAGGACAAGCAGGAGGGGCAGGAGGGGCGGUGGGAGCGGGAGUGGUGGGAGGAGUGGGAGGAGUGGGAGGAGGAGAGAGGAUGGCAGUGGUGGCACGGGAAGUGGUGCGGUUUAUCGAGACGUGCAUUCCUGCCGAUGUGCCCGGCACUCAGUUGCUCCUAUCCCAAACAGAAAAGGCAGUAGCAGAUUCAUUCCAAGACUCCCUAACAGCAGAGUCGUACCUCGGUGCUCUCACCUCCACCUCUUCCCUCUUCAGCUCUCCCACUCUCCGCCCCUCCUCCUCCUCCACCUCCUCCUCCCGCCCAUCCUCCUUAGCACCACUCCCCGCACCUGCAUUCGGUGCCACUAACAACACUCCUUCCGGUCCCACUGCUGCUGCUGCCACUUCUGCUGGUGUUUCUCCGAUCCUAGGAGCCAUGCCCCCCUCUGCUACUUUGUCUUAUGACCAAGGAAGAGCGGGAGGAGGGCGAGAAGGUCAAACAUACGCCCGCCAGUCAGAGGAGUUUGGGGGACGAGGGUGGGACGCUUCAGGGCAGGGAGAAGGGGGCGUUGGGGGGCGAGGGGAUGGCCUGGGGGGAGGGAAUGAGGGGCAGUGGGAGGGACAGGGAGAAGGGAGGGAGGUGCGAGGGGAGGGGCAGGGAGAGGGGGUUGCAGUGGUGGAGGAUGAAGAGAGGGAGACAUUCUCUUACUUGGAUGAUGAGAGACACGGCCGCUACCGCUCUGCCUGCUGGCUCAUCUUCUUCCCCCCUCCUCCUCCUCCUCCUCUCCGUCCUUCCUCCUCCUCCUCCCCCUCUCUCUCGUCCACCCCCGAACACAGCAGCAGCACCACCACCACCACUGCCACUCUCCCAAACCCUCUGGCACCUCAGCCGCCUGCCUUUUCCCUCAGCCCAGCUAGGCCCUCCCUGUCCUCGUUAUUAGACUGGGAUCCGCUAAAGUCAGAGUACGCUACUGUAGAAGAGCUGUGCGCGUUGUGUGUGUCGUACGGAGCAGUUGAGGUGCUGGAAAGGGUGGUGGCAGAGGCACUAGGAGGGAGUGCGGCAGGAGGAGCAAAUGGUGCUGGUGGUGCUGCUGCUGCUGCUGCUGCUACUGCUGCUGCCAGGGACUACGUGGCAGCAGGGCUGUGCAGCAUCCAGCUCUUCCUCUACUCACCCGAUCUUCGCACCGCAGCAACGCACCUGCAGCAGGCACAGCUGCUCUUUGAGAAGGGCACGGAGGCAAGGCAGAACGCAGCAGCAGACCUGGCAGCAUCGAUUGGCCCUCUUGCUGCUGCCGGCAAGAGACUCGCCGCUGCACUGGCUGGCAGAUCUGCAACAUUUGAGCCGCCUCAGAAGGUGGAAGGUGAGGAUCUGCUGAGGCUGCAGCGGCUGGCAGAGGUGCAGGUGGAGGUGGUGCGGGCGGUGGGGGCGUGCAGUGGCAGGGACAGCAGUGCCGUGCCUCUCGUGGGGGCUGCCUGGAAGGCCCCUUGGAGUGUGGCGCUCUUUGGUGCUCCCAGCGACGGGCGGAAGAACAAGAAGGCCCCUUGGAGCGUGGCCCUGAUUGAGUUCCUGGUAGAGAGAGAGUUUGACCUGGCAUUGGAGAUGAUCAACUUCCUGCACCUGCCGGCUGUGCACCUGCUGAUUUCUCUGCGCCGUGUUGAAGUUACCGAAUUUCUCGUGGAACGGGAGUUCGACCUGGCAUUGGAGGUGAUAAACUUCCUGCACCUGCCAGCUGUACAGAUCUACGCCAGCGUGGCAGCCUCGCUGGCGGAGAAGCAGCAGCACCGCGUGCUGUUUGAAGGGCUCAUGGACCGGAUCAAAUACAUGCUGCCGCCCGCUGACAUGGAUGAGGUGAUUGGAGCAGCAGUGAUGGUCUACACCCACACUGCCGUCAAGCUCUCUACUCUCUCCCUGACCUUCACCGGGCGGCAAGACAUGUCCCGAUCUGUGAAGCUGCCAAAGGAGCAAAUUGACCGACUCAUCCACAUGCUGUCAGACGAGCACAAGAAGGUUCUCUUCAACGUGGCAUGUCGCAGGCUGCGCCUCGCCUUUCAGAUUGCCACAGGCCACUUCCAGCCUCAAACGAUCAGUGCUUCGACUCCUGCUGCUGCCAGUGCUAGCAGCACCAGCACUGGCGGCGGCGGCGGAGCAGGGUUUGGGUCAGUAUACCCGCUGCAGAGUCGCAUCAACGAUGUGAUUUUCAUCAUGCACGAGGCUCGGAACGCACCCAAGGUCCGCGAGCUGUGUCGUGAAUGGCUGGCGGCUCGCGGCGUUGUGAUCGACAAUGUGGAGAGAAACGCACAGGCGAACUUGCUUCCCCACACUCACGCAUGGCCUCUCGGGCACGGGGCACAGCCGCCGCCACAAGCCCUGCGCUAG